GGCUUCCGCCAGCGCGAGGCCGCCGGGGGCCGCUCGGCGGCGCCGGGGACAGUCGGGAGCCGCGCCCGCAGCCGCUGGCAGCGCGGCCCGAGGAGGCGGCGAUGGAGUUGGAGCCCGAGCUGAUGUUGCAGGAGGCCCGCGAGAACGUGGAGGCGGCUCAGAGUUACCGGAGAGAGUUGGGCCAGAGGCUGCAGGGGCUGCAGGAGGCGCGGAGGCAGAUCAAAGAGAGUGCAUCACAGACAAGAGAUGUCCUCAAGCAGCAUUUUAAUGAUUUAAAGGGGACUCUGGGGAAGCUCCUGGAUGAGCGAUUGGUGACCCUCUUGCAAGAGGUGGACAGCAUUGAACAGGAGACCAUUAAACCACUAGAUGACUGCCAGAAGCUCAUAGAACAUGGAGUUAACACUGCAGAGGACUUAGUCCGAGAAGGUGAGAUCGCCAUUCUUGGUGGUGUAGGAGAACAAAAUGAAAAGCUGUGGAGCUUUACCAAAAAGGCCUCUCACAUUCAGUUGGACAGCUUACCAGAAGUGCCUUUACUGGUUGACGUGCCUUGUUUAUCUGCUCAGUUGGAUGACUCAAUUCUUAACAUUGUGAAAGACCACAUUUUUAAGCAUGGAACAGUAGCAUCUCGCCCACCAGUACAGAUAGAAGAACUAAUAGAGAAACCUGGAGGCAUCAUAGUACGAUGGUGUAAGGUGGAUGACGACUUUACAGCCCAAGAUUACAGGCUCCAGUUCCGUAAAUGCACUUCUCAUCACUUUGAAGAUGUAUAUGUUGGCUCUGAAACUGAAUUCAUAGUACUGCACAUAGACCCUAAUGUCGAUUAUCAGUUUAGAGUCUGUGCACGGGGAGAUGGCCGGCAGGAGUGGAGUCCCUGGAGCGUCCCGCAGAUAGGUCAUUCCACACUGGUGCCUCAUGAAUGGACAGCUGGCUUUGAAGGGUAUAGUCUGAGCAGUCGAAGAAAUAUAGCGCUCCGGAAUGAUUCGGAAUCAUCAGGUGUCCUCUACUCCAGCGCUCCGACGUAUUUCUGCGGGCAGACAUUAACUUUCAAAGUUGAAACUGUGGGACAAGCAGACAGAAGAGACAGUAUAGGAGUCUGUGCAGAGAAACAGAAUGGAUGUGACUCUCUGCAGCGGGAUCAAGCAGUAUGCAUUAGUACAAAUGGUGCAGUUUUUGUGAAUGGAAAAGAGAUGACUAAUCAGUUGCCUGCAGUUACUUCUGGAUCCACUGUCACAUUUGACAUUGAAGCUGUUACCCUCGGAUCCACCAAUAAUAACGAAGGCGGAAACUUCAAACUUCGAGUAACUAUUAGCUCAAGUAACAGAGAAGUGGUUUUUGAUUGGUUGUUAGAUCAAUCUUGUGGUUCUCUUUACUUUGGAUGCUCAUUUUUCUAUCCUGGAUGGAAAGUGUUGGUGUUCUAAAUUUUUGGCUGGCUGGCUGGCUCUAGUUUGUAGGGUUUUUGUUUAGCUCUCCUCCACCCAGUUUAGUUGUAAUUGAUUUAAAAAUCAUGAAAUUCAUCUCUCAGUUAAGCCAUCAGAAAUGGAAUAUGCUUACUAGAUUUAUUUUGAAAUAUUAUAAUAAUAAGAGGCUUGAAUAUUGUGGACAAAACCAUAAAUUGUCUAUUUUUUCUUUUAGCAUAAAUUAAUUGAAACAUGACAUUACAAUACAAAACAAUUUGACUUUAAAAGUGUGAAAAACUAUUGUAAGGCUUAUACCCUUUUUAAACUUAUUAGGACUAAAAACAUAGUAGUAUUUUAUUAAAUAAAUCUCCAUCUAUUAAGGAAAAAGCCAUGUAAGACUUUAGAAUAAAAUAACAGGAAUAGACCAGAUAGAAGCCAGAGUUCUGUAAUAUACAUUGACUUAUUUGAUCUCCGCAUUGAGCGUGGAAUAUGCUCUCUGUAUUCAGGUAUUUGUAAACAGUGUUGGAUUUUUAUCUCAUGUUCAGUAAUCUUUAAAUCUCAAAACAUAAUUUUGGCAUUUUUAAAAAUUACUGAACAAAUGUCUACAAUAGGCAAAGUACUUUCUGUUCUUGCAAUUCAAUUCACAAUAGCUAGAGUAUUUUUACAGGGUAAAACUACUUCCGGAAGUAGUAUGUGCAACAGUGUUAACCACUGCACUUGUAUGUAAUAUGCACAUGUGCAUAUCCUGCCUCAGUGAUAUGCACAUUGCUCUUCAUAGGGUAUGAGUUGCAGUCCAGUUUAAUAUAUGUUUUAUAAAUGGUCUCUUGGUGGACCAAACAAAUAUAGGGUGAAUACUUGACCUAUUUUUGGGAAAUAAAUUUGUUUAAAAUAUUUAUUUGAAGGAAGGCCUUACUGAGUAUGUGAAAAUGAUCAUCUUAACUUGCUAUACCAGCCUACAGAUUUUUUUUUUCCUAAUGUGAAUUUCUUUUUCAUUUUUACUAGUCGAAAAGUGGAAAAGCAAGUUGGAUAUUUUUGUAAAAUAAUUUAUUUGGGGGUUCAAAUUCCCCGUUGGACAAUCCUGACUUUCUUCUCUUUUCAGUAGGUGUCUUUUUUUUUUUUUAAAGUAGAUGUCUUUCACUUGUUGAUUGUGUUGAUGUGCUAGAAUGUAGGUGCCCUGUCUACCCCUAUCUGAAACAAAAUAAAAAGCUGAAAAGUGA